AUGAACCCGACUAAUAAACUUGCGUAUAUACGACAUAAGUAUUCAGGGCCGCGAAAAUCACGGAAAAAGGUGCAAGCCGCAUUCAAAAGACAUCAUGAAAGUUCUUCUAGUGAUCUAUACCGGGUGGAAGCAUGGCGUAACAAGAAACAGAAGAUAGUGGAAAGAACUGUGGACUGCUCUGUUGUAAUUAGUUCACAUACAACUCAAGAUCAUCAGCUGUCCAACCUUUCGAUAGCUGACGAUACGCCCAAAACCUAUUCGCGUGGUAUACCAGAAAUUCGAUACGAAGCCAUAGCCUGCAGCUCUAGCUCCAAUACAGUUGAAUCUGUUACAGAGCAAGCAAAGACUGUGGAUUUUGAUUGGCCACAACCCGAUUCAGAGACUGAAGCUUAUCAACUAACUGUGGAAAGAACAUCAAGUGACAACUUAUCAGGUUUGGAAGGGUACCGUAUUGUUGAUUUGAAACAUGUGAUCCAAUGGGCAUUUCAAAUGGAAAACCACCGACAGUCUUGUGAGUCAUCUCAAAUAGAGUAUAUUAGUGAACAACGGAAAGGAUUUCACAGUUUAUUAACAUUUAAAUGUAGUAUGUGUAAUAAAAUAUGGCAGCAAAGCACAGAGAAGAAACAGAAAAUUAACACGGCAUUUGUAUGGGCAACUGUGACUGCUGGAAGUUAUUACACUCAGGCAGCACACAUCACAAGUCUAAUGGAUAUACCAACAAUGACCGGACAAACAUUCCGUUUAAUAGAAAAACAAUUAGGCAAUGUAUGGCAUGAACAUUUGGCCGAAGAAAUAAAGAAAGCUGGUGAGCAAGAAAGGUCUAUUGCUAUUGAUAAAGGAAAUGUUUCUUCAGAUGGUAUUCCAUACAUUACUGUAUAUGUAGAUGGUGGAUGGUUGAAAAGGUCAUAUGGUCACAACUUUGAUUCGUCAUCUGGAAUGGCCUGCAUUAUUGGAAAGGAAACCAAGAAAUGUCUUUAUCUUGGUGUCAGGAACAAAUAUUGUUAUACAUGCCAGUAUUAUGAGCGAACAGGUACAGACGCUAAGAGUCAUGGCUGCUGCAAAAACUUUACUGGGCCAUCUACUGCAAUGGAAUCUGAUAUUAUUGUUGAAGGAUUUCAACAGAGUGAGAAUAUGCAUAAUCUUCGGUACCUAAGUUUUAUAGGAGAUGGCGAUUCUUCAGUGUUUGCUAAUUUGAAAGAAAAGGUGUCUUAUGGAAACCAAAUAAAGAAAAUUGAAUGCAAGAAUCAUGUUAUAAAAAACUACACGAGUGCACUUUACAAGAUUUUAGGUAAUACGAAGCUCCCUUUGUAUGGACGAAAUAUUUUGAAGCCUAAAUUGAUGAAAUUGACACUGGUAGCGCGAAAGAUUAUUGUUCACAACAGCAAUGAGUCAGGUUCAAUGGCUGAUGAUUUAAGGAAUAGUCCACUUCAUGUAUUUGGACAGCAUGAAAAAUGUAAGGAAUAUUACUGUUCAGUGAAGCAAUUACCACCUGACGAGAAUAAACAGCAAGACAACCAAGUAGAAAUCCUAAGAAAUACAGCACCAGAGGUCUGGGCUCUUAUUUAUGCUGCAAAUGAAAGAAUCGCUUUGAAAGCCAGGCGGUUGUCUAACGAAACGACAAAUGUUGCAGAAAAUUUUAUGAGUGUCAUUAAUAAAUUUAACUGUGGAAAACGUCUCAGCCUUGGAAAAGGAGGCUCCUAUCAGCGGCGUGUUCAUGUAGCAGGAUUGUCUCAUUCUGUAGGACAUAAAUGGCAUCAAACUGCAUGGAAAAAAAAGACAACAGAGAGCCCUGGACAAUAUUUUAAAAAAUAUGUCCAUCAAAAAGAGAGAAGUAGAUUGCGCCAACAGAAAAUGACUCGAAAACGGCUUUUUACUGAAAAAAAUAAAACUCAACCUGAUAAGGACUACGGCCCAGCAGCAAGUGACCCUGUCGAUAUUAAUGAGCUAGAAUUAAAACGGCUCUGUGAAGUGAGAUUGCUUAAAUUUCAAGAAGAUACACAAAAAGUAGUACUAAUUGAAAAGCAGACUGUGGGUCAACAUGAUAAUGAAAAGUAUCUCUUAUACAGAUCUGACCGUCUCACAGCAAGCCAGUUUGGAAUGGUUUGCAAACGUCGUAAUGCCACACCAUGUCACAAUCAUGUGAAAUGCAUUCUCUACAAAAAUAAUAUUUGUACUAAAGAUAUGAUGUAUGGACAACAAAAUGAACAUGUUGCAAGGAGCAUGUUUAUCCAACAAUAUGGCAAAACUGUCAGGCCAUCAGGACUUUUCAUUGAUGAAGAAUUUGGAUUCUUAGCAGCUAGCCCUGAUGGUAUUAUAGAAGCAGAAAAUACUAUAGUAGAAAUAAAAUGUUUUCCCUCCUUGGGAAGGAAAUCUCAAAAUAUUCGAGAAGCAUCAGAAAAUAGAAAUUUUCCUAUUCAUUUGGAAAAUGAUGUUUUAGUUAUGAACAAAAAGCAUAAUUAUUAUUAUCAAGUCCAGGGUCAAUUGCGAAUUACCAAAAUGAAUAAAUGUUACUUCAUUUGCUUUAUAUCUGUCACCCAACCAUUGACUGUCAUAGAAGUUAACCGGGAUGACGAAUUUAUCAGUGCUAUGAUGCCUAAGUUGGUGACAUUUUUUAAAACAUGUGUACUGCCGGAAAUUAUUUUGAGAAGAGUUGAGAAAAAUGCUAAAUGUCUAGACAUCAAGGAAUUGAAAGCGAAAACUACGUCUUCCACCAUUUGA